AUGGUCGUCCGUAUUCGCCUGGCCCGAUUCGGGAACAAGCACCAGCCAUUUUACAACAUUGUCGUUGCGCAGGCACGGAGUGCUCGUAACUCGAAACCCUUGGAGGUCAUUGGCACUUACAACCCCAUCCCGCAACGCCCUACAAACCUCUCCGACGAGGAAGCCCGCAGCGCAAGGCCAUACAAGGAAGUAUCACUUGACCGGUCCCGAGCCAAGUACUGGAUCGGUGUUGGAGCGCAGCCCAGUGAUGGUGUGUGGCGGUUACUGAGCCUGGCUGGCAUCGGCGAUGGCAGAACAAAGACAAAGAACUAA